AUGUAUUUAUUACGUGUGGAGCACCUGCAGUUAAACAGGCAAGACUGGUUCUCUAAAGAUUUAGGGUCCAGUCACCAAGACGUCAGCAGUGCAGUAUUCAUGGAGCUGCGAGGUGUUCACAAAGCCGGACUACAGGUCACUUCACAGGUGGAUAUAGAUGUGAGAGAUGAUCAGAUGGAGGGACCAAGGCAUAGACUUUGGAUCCACGCUGCCGUGGAGCAAAGCCUGUCUCCAUUCUUCACUGGCCAUGGGAUAUCAGAAAAGCAGUACCCAUCCAACCUACCUAGUACCAGCACUGUCAUUUGUUUCCACAAUGAAGAAUUUAAUGUCUUGUUUUGGACAGUGUCCAGUGUCAUGACUCUCACUCCACAGCAUAUCCUUGAAGAAAUUAUUUUGGUAGAUGACAUGAGUGAAUUUGAUGAUUUGAAAGAGAAACUAGUCUACCAUGUGGAAAUUUUUUGGGGAAAGGUUAAAUUAAUAAGAAACAAAAAGAGAGAGGGACUGAUUCGAGCAAGGCUGACUGGAGCAUCGCGUGCUUCAGGGGACGUUCUGAUGCUCCUGGAUACCCACUGCAAGGUGAAUAAAGUAUGGCUGGAGCCCUUGCUGAAUGCCAUUGCCAAGGACCCCCACAUGGAGGUGUGUCCUCUGAUAGAUGCCAUUGAUUAUGUGACCCUGGAAUACCAGCCCUCUCCUGUUGUCAGGGGAGCUUUCAACUGGUAUCUGCAAUUUAAACGGGAUCAUGUUUUCUCUUAUGAGAUGGAUGGACCAGAAGGACCCACUAGACCCAUCCAAUCACCUGCAAUGGCUGGAGGAAGUUGUGCUAUAAGUAGGCAUUAUUUUAAUGCAAUCGGAAAGUACCACAAGGGCAUGAAUCUCUGGGGAGGAGAACAUUUGGAACUUUCACUAAGGAUCUGGAUGUGUGGAGGCCAACUCUUUAUACUCCCUUGCUCUCGAGUAGGACAUAUUGAUAAGCAACACGUUGCAAACCACACUGGAAUUGUAAAAGCCUUGGUAUAUAACAAUCUCAGACUGGUGCACAUUUGGCUAGAUGAAUACAAGAUCUAUUUUCCUCCCCCAAAGAUGGCCCAUCUGCGGCAAAUACCUCUCUCUGCCCCCAUUCCCAUGGGCAAAUUUUGGAUUCUCUUCCUCCACUACGGAGCUCCCAAGUGA